AUGGAACACAAACCCAACCCAGCAGUGCUUGCCACUACCACUACCGAGGCCGCAAGCAGCAGCGACGUCGGGAGCAGCGUGAGCAGCGGCGGCCGGAAGGGGAAGGCGGCGGGCAAGGGCGGGCCGGAGAACGCCAAGUUCAGGUACCGUGGCGUGCGGCAGCGGAGCUGGGGCAAGUGGGUGGCGGAGAUCCGGGAGCCCCGCAAGCGCUCGCGCAAGUGGCUCGGCACCUUCGCCACUGCCGAGGACGCCGCGCGCGCCUACGACCGCGCGGCGCUGCUCCUCUACGGCCCGCGUGCCCACCUCAACCUCACCGCGCCGCCGCCCCUGGCCCCCGGGGCGGACUCCCACCCCCGGCCCUUGGGGUCCUCGGCUUCUUCCUCGAGCUCCUCCGCGCCUCCGCCGCUCCGGCCGCUCUUGCCGCGCCCGCCGCAGCACUCAGGUGGCGCCGGGGCGGUCUUCCACCACCACCACCACCACCACCAAUACCGCUUCCUGCCGCUCCGCGUGACUGCACCGUCCACGUCGCCGCCUCUGCACUACGCGAGCACAGCCACCGCGUCCACGGUGACCACCACGGUGGCGCUGGCGCCGCCGCACGAGACGACUGCCUCGUUACCAGUGGCUUCGUCAUCUACGGUGGCCGCCCAGGAUGGUGUGCCGGCGGAGGCGGCAGAGGCUGAGGUGACCCCCGAAUGGUACCUUGCCGCCGAGGAGGAGGACUACGAGGCGGCGCUGCUGUGGAAUGAACCUGAUCCCUUGUUCGACAUCUUCUCCAAGUGA